AUGAUCUUGUACGAGGGUGGUGCUGGUGCAGGAGAGGUGGAUGUGUUGGAGAACUAUUUAGAAGGAAAGUUUUAUGCUGGUGAAUUGUAUAUGGGAGGGCUUCACACGUUUCUGGAUGUACAUUUAGAUGCAUAUGGAUGUGGAGUUCAAACCAAGGCAAUAAUGAGCACAGCGGAUCCUGCAUCAGAACUGGACACUCCCAUUCCUCACCAAAGGAGAUCAAUUGAAUGCUGCACAGAACGCAAUGAAUGUAAUAAAGAUCUGCACCCCACGUUGCCUCCACUGAAAAACAGAGAUUUUGUUGACGGAUCUGUACACCACAAAGCCUUACUUAUAUCUGUGACUGUCUGUAGUUUCCUGUUGGUCCUUAUCAUUUUAUUCUGUUACUUCAGGUAUAAAAGACAAGAAGCCAGACCUCGGUACAGCAUUGGGUUGGAGCAGGAUGAAACUUACAUUCCUCCAGGCGAAUCCCUGAAAGACUUAAUUGAGCAGUCUCAGAGCUCAGGAAGUGGGUCAGGCCUCCCUCUGCUGGUCCAAAGGACUAUCGCUAAGCAGAUUCAGAUGGUGAAACAGAUUGGGAAGGGUCGCUACGGGGAAGUUUGGAUGGGAAAGUGGCGUGGCGAAAAGGUGGCCGUGAAAGUUUUCUUCACCACCGAGGAGGCCAGCUGGUUCCGCGAGACGGAGAUUUAUCAGACGGUGUUGAUGAGGCAUGAAAACAUUUUGGGGUUCAUUGCCGCCGAUAUCAAAGGGACGGGGUCCUGGACCCAGUUGUACCUAAUCACAGACUAUCAUGAAAACGGUUCCCUCUAUGAUUACUUGAAGUCCACCACCCUGGAUGUUAAAUCGAUGCUGAAAUUAGCCUAUUCUUCCGUCAGUGGCUUAUGUCAUUUACACACCGAGAUCUUUAGUACCCAAGGCAAGCCAGCAAUCGCCCAUCGAGAUCUGAAAAGUAAGAACAUCCUGGUGAAGAAAAAUGGCACUUGCUGUAUAGCCGACCUGGGCCUGGCUGUUAAAUUUAUUAGCGAUACAAAUGAAGUUGACAUACCACCCAACACUCGUGUUGGCACCAAGCGCUAUAUGCCUCCAGAAGUGUUGGAUGAGAGCUUGAAUAGAAAUCACUUUCAAUCUUACAUCAUGGCCGAUAUGUACAGCUUUGGGCUCAUUCUUUGGGAGGUGACUAGGAGAUGCGUAUCAGGAGGUGCAGUGGAAGAAUACCAGCUUCCCUAUCACGACUUGGUGCCCAGUGACCCCUCUUAUGAGGACAUGAGAGAGAUCGUAUGCAUCAAGAAGCUCCGUCCCUCAUUCCCCAGCCGGUGGAGUGGCGAUGAGUGUCUGAGGCAGAUGGGGAAACUAAUGACCGAGUGCUGGGCUCACAAUCCCGCGUCCAGACUGACAGCCCUGCGUGUGAAGAAAACACUCGCCAAAAUGUCAGAGUCCCAGGACAUUAAACUCUGAUUUGAGGGGGAAAAAAGAAGACAAAGGUAAAGAAAAGAAAAAGAAAGGAUCAGUGGAGAAAGCCAGCUCUUCCUCUCUUUGCGGGCAGAGUAGAAAAUGUUCCCGCAGCACCCACAGUCCAAGCCUCGAACAGCCCUGCUUCCCAGUGGGUUCAGUGUCACCUCUCGGGGGGCAGCGUGGACAAAGGCAGAAGCCCCCAGAAACAGGGAUCCCUUGUGUGGGGCGGAGGUUGAAACCGCCCGGGUAACUUGUUGAAGACGGGGUGCACGUUGCUUUCUAAGAAAGCCCUGUAUUUUGGGAUUGCCCCCUCUUUUUAUUUUUUUCCUUUUCAAAAGAUGCUUUAAUUUUGCCAAAAUAUAACAAAGAAUUUAGAUGUUUUAAGGUUGUUACUAUUCUAGUUUAAAUAAUAACAAGGAGAGUUCCUUGCAGAAAUUCUGCUAGAAAGGAAAUGAAAAUCGUUUUAUUCAUUGGUAAAAUUUGGUUGCACUCUACACCCCAGAAGACAGCCUGUGAGGUUGGAGACCACAGAAUGGGACUGUCUGAAAAGCCCGCCCCUGCCCGCUCUGACCACUUUGGCCAGCCCUGCUCGGGGGGCUGCCACAGCAAUGUGAAUGCACCUGGGUACACAUGCCGCCUGCCUGGGCCCCACUCGGGGACUCCUGCAGGCGACCUUUUGCAGCUUCAGAGGAUAUGGAACAAAUGAAGAUUUUCUGUGAUUCUAUUAACAGUCAGUGUCAGUGUUCUUCAGAACCACUUUGUGUUUCUGAUUCUGUUAGGCAUCUCUUUCAUGGUCAAAUCUCUUCCUUUUCAUUAAACACAAGCAAAGCUUUUUUUUUUUUUUUAAUGUGCAGAGAACUGACCGAUGCAUGCUUUUGAUCUCUCAAACGAGAGGCUCACUAUUCAGUGAAAUUGCCAUCAG